GCUGGGCGAGGCGCACCGACCGCUUUCUCCCCGGCGCCCUGGGGUGCGACGUGUACCGUGAGUUUAGCCCCAGCCCUCCGAGGUCUGAGCGCUUUCUUUCGACGCGCGUGUGAGGCCUGUGAGGCCUGGCCACGGCUUUCCCCGCCGUCCGGCUCCGCGGCGAGCACGGACGACAAGUCCUCGGCAAAAUGGCUGCUGGAAAGAGUCGCCGAGCCGGGGCAGCGCUGGGGCCGCGUGAAGGUCACAUGACGAGAAUGUGAAGGCCAUUAUAAUUAUGUGCUAACUACAGUUAUCUUACUACUGAAUUUUUCACUGGAAUCAUGGAAGAGAAACAGAUUAUCUUGACUAAUCAAGAUGGUGGGACAAUGACAGGAACAGCACCUACCUUCUUUGUCAUCCUAAAACAGCCUGGAAAUGGCAAAACUGAUCAAGGAAUUUUGCUUACUCGUCAAGAUGCCUGUGCUUUGGCUAGUAAGGUGCCAUUACCAGGAAAAUCUAAAGGCAAGAUUUGCCUUCCAGCUGAUUGUACUGUGGGAAGAAUCACUGUUACCCUUGAUAACAAUAGUAUGUGGAAUGAGUUCCAUAAUAGAAGCACAGAAAUGAUUCUGACUAAGCAGGGAAGACGCAUGUUUCCUUAUUGUCGUUACUGGAUAACAGGCUUAGAUUCAAAUUUAAAAUAUAUUCUUGUCAUGGAUAUAUCUCCUGUGGAUAACCAUCGUUAUAAGUGGAAUGGACGGUGGUGGGAACCCAGUGGGAAAGCUGAACCUCAUAUUUUGGGGAGAGUUUUCAUUCAUCCAGAAUCUCCUUCCACAGGUCAUUAUUGGAUGCAUCAACCAGUGUCUUUCUAUAAACUGAAACUUACCAACAAUACAUUGGACCAAGAGGGGCAUAUUAUCUUGCACUCUAUGCAUCGUUAUCUGCCCAGGCUUCAUUUGGUGCCUGCAGAAAAGGCUACAGAAGUGAUACAACUAAAUGGUCCUGGUGUCCACACUUUUACCUUCCCACAGACAGAAUUCUUUGCAGUAACAGCUUAUCAGAACAUUCAGAUUACCCAGUUGAAAAUAGAUUACAAUCCAUUUGCCAAAGGCUUUCGGGAUGAUGGUCUGAAUAGUAAGCCCCAGAGAGACGGAAAACAAAAGAACAGUUCUGACCAAGAAGGAAAUAGUGUUCCUAGUUCUCCUGGUCAUCGAGUUCGCCUUAAAGAAGGUGAGGGGUCAGAGGUACAGCGAGGUGAUUUUGAUUCUAUGUCAAGAAAUCAUGAAACAUCAGGCAUAGGUUUAGAACAAUCUCCCCUCAAUAUAAAACAAGACAUCCUUGGUUUAAUGGAUACUGAUUCAGCCUUUGAAGUUCCUCAACUGAAGCAAGAGAUUUCUGAAAGUCUUCUUGCCAACAGUUUUGAAGAUGGUUCCCAUAUGGAUUCACCAUUAGACCCAAAUGGAAGCUUUAAUGUUGUUGUUAAAGAGGAACCUCUAGAUGAUUAUGACUAUGAACUUGGGGAGUACCCAGAAGGGGUCACUGUAAAACAAGAAGAAACUGAUGAAGAAACAGAUGUGUACUCAAACAGUGAUGAUGAUCCGAUACUAGAGAAACAGCUAAAGAGACACAAUAAAAUUGAUAAUCUGGAAACUGACCAUUCAUCUUCUAAAUGGGUCCCAAACACCCCUUUAGGUGUUGCUAAAACGAAAACAUUCAAAUUAGAUGCUGCAAAGAUGCCAGUAGUCUAUCUGGAGCCUUGUGCUGUUACCAAAAGCACAGUGAAGGUUUCUGAGCUCCCUGAUAAUGUACUUUCCACAUCGCGGAAGGAUAAGUCUUCAGUGUUGUCAGAAUUAGAAUAUUUGCCUGCGUACAUUGAAAGUUCUAGUGGGACUAGCUUCUGCUUAGCCAACGAGUCAGAAAAUGGUCUUAGAAAACAGUCACCAGACCUUAGAGUGGCACAAAAAUAUUCCUUACUUAAAGAGCCUCAGUGGAACUGUCCUGAGGUAUUUAAUAGUAUUAACUCAGAAAUACAUAACAGUACAAAUGGUUUAGCUGGGGACUUGUUUUCAGGAAAAGAGGACUCAGGCAGAAAGCGGACAACUAUGCUUAAGAUUGCAACAUCCCCAUCCCCGAAGUCUGUGAGUGCUAAUCAGAAUGCUUCUCCAAAUGCCCCUGGAAAAAGAGGAAGGCCUCGAAAACUGAAACUCUCCAAAGCAGGCAGACCACCUAAAAACAUGGGCAAGGCUUUAUCUUUUACAAAGAACACAUCUGUAGGCUCUGCAAAUGCCUUUCCUGAUGUGAAGCCUGAUCUGGAAGAUGUGGAUGGUGUUCUCUUUGUUUCCUUUGAAUCAAAGGAAGCUCUAGAUGUUCAUGCAGUUGAUGGGACAACAGAAGAACCUACUAGUCUUCAGGCAUCAACCAUAAAUGAUCCAGGCUACAGAGCAAAAAUUUCCCAACUGGAAAAAGAAUUAAUAGAAGAUCUGAAAUCCUUGAGGCACAAGCAGGUGAUACAUCCUGGUCUUCAAGAAGUGGGAUUAAAAUUGAAUUCAGUGGACCCAACAAUGAGCAUUGAUCUUAAAUAUUUGGGAGUGCAACUACCUUUGGCUCCAGCCACCAGCUUUCCUUUUUGGAACCUUACAGGAACCAACCCUGCCUCUCCUGAUGCUGGCUUUCCCUUUGUAUCUAGGACAGGAAAGACCAACGACUUCACCAAGAUCAAGGGCUGGAGGGGCAAAUUUCAUGGUGCUUCUGCAAAUAGAAAUGAAGGUGGGAAUUCAGAAGGUUCACUGAAAAACCGCUCUGCUUUCUGUAGUGAUAAGCUGGAUGAGUACUUGGAAAAUGAAGGCAAGCUGAUGGAAACAAGCAUGGGUUUCUCUUCAAAUGCCCCCACAUCUCCUGUGGUAUACCAACUGCCUACCAAGAGUACCAGCUAUGUACGCACACUUGAUAGUGUACUGAAGAAGCAAUCUACUACUUCCCCUUCUACCUCUUACUCUUUGAAGCCUCAUUCUGUGCCCACUGCCUCUCGAAAGGCAAAGUCUCAGAAUAGACAGACAGCUCUCAGUGGCCGAACUAAAUCAUCUUAUAAGUCCAUUUUACCCUACCCUGUUUCACCAAAGCAGAAACACUCUCAUGCAACUCCAGGAGAUAAGACUACCAAAAAUCUUUCAAGCACCAUCUUGGAUAAUCAGGUGAAUAACUUUGUUGUGCCAACUUUAGAUGAAAAUGUAUUUCCAAGGCAGAUUAGUUUACGUCAGGCACAGCAGCAGCAGCAGCAGCAGCAGCAGCAACAGCAGCAGCAGGGAACCCGCCCUCCAGGCCUGUCUAAAUCUCAGGUGAAGCUGAUGGACCUGGAAGACUGUGCCCUCUGGGAAGGAAAACCAAGGACCUAUAUCACAGAAGAGCGUGCAGAUGUUUCCUUGACAACUCUGCUUACUGCUCAAGCAUCUCUUAAAACUAAACCUAUCCACACAAUCAUAAGGAAACGAGCUCCUCCAUGCAACAACGACUUUUGUCGUCUGGGUUGUGUAUGUUCCAGUCUAGCCUUGGAGAAGCGCCAACCUGCUCACUGCCAGCGGCCAGAUUGCAUGUUUGGCUGUACUUGUUUGAAAAGAAAAGUUGUACUUGUUAAAGGUGGAUCCAAAACUAAGCAUUUCCAGAGGAAGGCUUCACUUCGAGAUCCAGUGUUUUAUGAUACUAUGGGAGAAGAGGCAAAAGAAGGAGGAUCUGGAGUCAGGGAAGAGGAGGACCAAUCAAAAGAAAAGAAGAAGAGAAAAAAAUUGGAAUACACUAUAUGUGAAACAGAGCCUGAGCGGCCGGUUCGACAUUACCCAUUGUGGGUAAAAGUAGAAGGUGAAGUUGAUCCAGAGCCUGUUUAUAUCCCAACACCUUCUGUCAUCGAGCCUAUGAAACCAUUAUUGAUGCCUCAGCCAGAAGUAUUGCCUACUGUGAAGGGCAAACUGCUCACUGGAAUGAAACCUGCUCGGUCAUAUACGCCUAAACCCAAUCCUGUGAUACGGGAAGAGGACAAAGACCCAGUCUAUUUAUACUUUGAAAGUAUGAUGACUUGUGCCCGAGUUCGAGUAUAUGAACGAAAAAAAGAGGAACAGAGACAACCAUCCCCAUCCCCAUCCCCAUCUCCAUCAUUUCAUCAACAGAGUUCGUACCAGUCUAGUCCUGAGAACCAUAGUACAAAGGAACCUGAUUCUGAACAGCAGCCCAUAUGUGACUUGGAGGAUGAUUCUGAUAAAGCACAAGAAAAGAGCUGGAAGUCUCCCUGCAAUGAAGGGGAAUCCUCUUCUACUUCUUUUGUGCAUCAGAGGUCACCUGGUGGUCCUACCAAACUGAUAGAGAUCAUCUCAGACUGCAACUGGGAAGAGGACCGGAGCAAGAUUUUGAGCAUCUUAUCCCAGCACAUCAACAGCAACAUGCCACAGUCACUUAAGGUGGGCAGCUUCAUCAUUGAGUUGGCUUCUCAGCGAAAGAGCCGGGGUGAGAAGAGCCCUCCUGUUUAUUCUUCUCGUGUGAAAAUUUCUAUGCCAUCAUGUCAAGAUCAAGAUGAUAUGGCUGAGAAAUCUGGAUCAGAGACUCCUGAUGGUUCAUUGUCCCCUGGGAAAGUGGAUGAUCUCUCUCCUGUGCAGACAGAUGCCCUGGAUUCAGUGAGGGAGAGAUUACAUGGAGGCAAAGGUCUGCCUUUUUAUGCAGGGCUUUCUCCUGCAGGGAAGCUUGUGGCCUAUAAACGUAAAGCCAGUUCAAGCACAUCUGGGCUUAUCCAGGUUAAUGGUAAGAGUUACCCGCAGGCUAAGUUGCUAUUGGGACAGAUGGGGGCAUUGCAUCCAGCCAAUAGGCUAGCUGCUUAUAUCACAGGCAGGUUGCGACCCUCAGUCCUGGACCUCUCAACCCUCAGUACUGUCAUCUCCAAGGUAGCAUCCAAUGCCAAGGUGGCUGAAUCCAGGAAACAACGUACCCUGUUGCCUUCAACGUCCAAUUCCAAAAUGGCAUCCUCUGGCACGACAGCACAUCGCUCUGGGAAGAAUCCGAAGGCGUUUGUCCCUGCAAAAAGGCCAAUUGCGGCUCGACCCUCUCCUGGUGGUGUGUUCACACAGUUUGUGAUGAGUAAAGUUGGAGCCUUGCAGCAGAAGAUACCUGGAGUUAGCACACCUCAACCUCUAACAGGGCCACAGAAGUUUAGUGUCAGACCUUCUCCAGUAAUGGUUGUCACACCCAUGGUUUCUUCUGAGCCUGCUCAGGUCUGCAGCACUGUGACUGCGACUGUCACUACUACCACCCCUCAAGUGUUCAUAGAAAACGUUACUGCUGUGACAUCUGUGACAGCUGUUUCUGAUGUGGGAGCUAAAGAAAAUACUUCUGCCACCAGUGCUGGGGUUUUUGAGAUCUCUGACACUACCAACAUCCCUGUAACAUCUACCCAGCCUACAGGCACUGUGAACCUUGUCAAAACUACUGGGGUAGUUACUCCUGUAACUUCAGUGGCUAUUACUAAAUCUUUGGUAGCAUCUCCAAACAUAACUCUUCCUGUUGCUUCCACUGCCUCCACCUCCAUAGUAGUGGUGACUACAGCUACAUCUUCCUCCAUGGUGACCACACCAACUUCAUCUCUGGGCUCUGUUCCUAUUAUUCUCUCAGGAAUUAAUGGGAGUCCACCAGUGAGCCAGAGACCAGAAAAUACAACUCAAAUUCCAGUGGCUAAUCCACAGGUCUCUCCUAACCCAGUGAAACGCACUGGUCCUCGACUGUUGUUGAUCCCAGUGCAGCAGGGCUCUCCGACCCUUAGACCUGCUGCAAGCCCGCAACUUCAGGGACAACGGAUGGUCUUACAGCCUGUUAGGAGCCCAAGCGGAAUGAACCUGUUCAGGCACCCCAAUGGGCAAAUUGUCCAACUCCUUCCUUUGCAUCAGAUUCGAGGCUCUAACACCCAGCCCAACUUACAACCUGUCAUGUUUCGGAACCCAGGGUCUGUGAUGGGAAUCCGGUUACCAGCUCCUUCCAAACCUUCUGAGACUCCACCAUCUUCUGCUUCAUCCUCUGCUUUCUCUGUCAUGAGUCCUGUAAUUCAGGCUGUUGGGUCUUCUCCAGGAGUGAAUGUUAUCACUCAGGCCCCGUCAUUGCUUUCCUCUGGAUCUGGCUUUGUCUCCCAGGCUGGUACACUGACCCUGAGGAUUUCUCCUCCUGAACAACCACAAAGCUUUGCAAAUAAAACAGGCUCUGAAACCAAAAUAACCUAUAGCUCAGGAGGGCAGCCUGUUGGUACAGCCAGUCUUAUUCCCCUCCAAUCUGGUAAUUUUGCCUUGUUGCAGCUGCCAGGACAAAAGCCUGUUCCUAACUCAGUUCUUCAGCAUGUUGCUUCCCUUCAGAUAAAGAAGGAAUCUCAGAAUUCAGAUGAGAAAAGUGAAACAGACUCUAUAAAGCAGGAAACUCAGCAGUCAGUGCAUUCAAAAGGAGAAUCUCUAGACCCUGAGGCUAAUAUAAUUAAACAAAACUCAGGAACACUUGCCUCAGAAGAAACCUUGAAUCAUUCUUUGGAAGAUGGGGGUGAACAAGUGGAUGAAAAAUCUGUUCCAGAAGAGGAUUCUGCAACUGUCAAGCCUUCUGACCACUCCCGUGUUACUGAGUUCCACACAGGUAAAAACUGUAUAGAUAAUCAGGAAGAGUGUGGCACUAGAAGUAAUGAUUCCAAAGGAAACCAGAGUGUUCUAGAAGUUAAGACCAUAUCUGAAAAGGUCACUAAUACAACAGCCCAAAAUACAAGAAAAGUACAGCUUCAGAAACUUGGUGAUGUGAUGGUGCAACAGCAAAAAAAAUCAGAUAAUCCAGAGGAAAAGCCAAGUGGGUGUCUGGUCAUCUCUAAGGAAGAAAGCAAACUGGAAUUAUCAGGGAACAAACUUAUGGAGUUGCAGUCUGAUUCUCAGCUGGAGGCCAAGAAAGAAUCUGGAGAUUCUCUGGGGAAGGACAAUAUUAGGGAGAAAUGGCGCAAACAUCUGAAGGGCCCCUUACCCCGGAAAUGUGUUGCAGCAUCUCAAGAAUGUAAGAAAGAGGCAAGCAAGCAGUUAAUUAGAGAAACAGAUCCAUGUCAAGAAAAUUCAGACAUGUUUGAAGAACGGGACAUCGUUGACACACUUGGGGAGAGUGGAACUACCGAGAGUGACAGAGUUUUAAAAACUGACUGUGAUUCUUGGAGUAGGAUUUCUAGUCCUACAGCCUUCUCUGUUGUUCCUAGAAGAGCUACAAAAGGAAGCAGAGGGAAUGGACAUUUUCAGGGUCAUUUAAUACUAACAGGAGAACGAAUACAAUCUAAGCAAGAAAAGGGUGGGAAAACCAGUGCUGACUUCACUGUUUUGGAUAUGGAAGAGGAUGAGGAAGAUGAGAAUGAGAAAACCGAUGAUUCUAUUGAUGACAAUUUGGAUGUUGUUUCUGGCUACCAGAGUGAGGAGGUUGAUGAUGUAGAAAAGAAUAACUGUAUAGAGUACAUAGAGGAUGAUGAGCAGGUGGAUGUUGAGACCAUAGAAGAGCUCACAGUGGAAAUGGAUGUUGCCAGCAAGAAGAACACAGCAGCUCACACACAGCCACUCAGACAGCAGUGCCGUACUCAAAUCUCUACAGAGGAAAAGGCUGCUGAAAAGACCCGAAAGGCUCCAUCUAUCCAUCCAAAACUGAAACAAGAUUACUGGAGUGACAAGCCACAUAAAGAAACAGAAGCUUUUGCUUACUAUCGCCGGACACACACUGCCAACGAGCGCCGGCGGCGUGGUGAAAUGAGGGAGCUCUUUGAAAAGUUGAAGAUCACAUUGGGACUACUUCAUUCUUCCAAGGUUUCAAAAAGCCUCAUUCUUACUCGGGCUUUCAGUGAAAUUCAGGGACUAACAGAUCAAGCAGAUAAAUUGAUAGGGCAGAAAAAUCUCCUGAGUCGGAAACGGAAUAUUUUGAUUCGGAAGGUAUCGUCUCUUUCAGGUAAGACAGAAGAAGUGGUCCUGAAGAAGCUAGAGUAUAUUUAUGCAAAACAACAAGCAAUAGAGGCACAAAAAAGAAAAAAGAAGAUGGGAUCAGAUGAGUUUGAUGUGUCUCCCAGAACUAGCAAACAGCAGGAAGGAUCUUCUACGUCAUCUGUAGAUGUCGGACAGAUGUUUAUAAAUAACAGGAGGGGCAAACCUUUGAUUCUUUCCAGAAAAAGAGACCAGGCCACAGAAAACACCUCACCCUCUAGUACCCCACACUCCUCUGCUAACCUCGUGAUGACUCCACAAGGCCAGUUGCUCACCUUAAAAGGGCCUCUAUUCUCAGGACCAGUGGUAACUAUUUCUCCUCUUUUAGAAGCUGAUUUGAAAUCUGAAGUUGUCAGCAGUACUAUGGCUCAAUCAGAAAAUGAUGACUUAUUUAUGAUGCCACGAAUUGUUAACGUGACAUCAUUGGCUACAGAAGAAGAUAUGGUAGAUAUUGGAGACAGCAAAUAUCCUCAUGAAGUUCCUGAUGGCAAGCCAUCUGACCACUUGAGAGACAUCAGGAAUGAAGAUAACUCCUUAGGUAGAAUUUCUUCCAGAGGAAACCAUAGAGAUGGCAGGGUAGCGUUGGGUCCAACCCAAGUUUUUCUGACAAAUAAAGAUUCUGGUUUUCCACAAAUAGAUGUUUCCAGUAUGCAGGACACACACGGUUUCUCAGCUAAAAAGACUUCUGGUGAUAUAAGAGGGAAUCGGUAUAAUCGAAAAGAAGGUGAAUUGAAAGGAGAGAGACUAAAGACAAGGGAAUCUCCAUUUCAUAAGUUUAAGAUGAAAGAUCUCAAGGACUCAAGCCUAGAGAUGGAACUGAGAAAAGUCACUUCGGCUAUAGAGGAAGCAGCUCUUGAUCCCAGUGAUCUGCUAAGCAACAUGGAAGAUGAGGAUGACACUGAUGAGACCCUGACUUCAUUGCUCAAUGAGAUUGCCUUUCUUAAUCAACAACUAAAUGAUGACACUGUUGGGUUGUCUGAACUCCCUGGCUCUAUGGAUACGGAGUUCCCAGGGGAUUCUCGACGUGCUUUUAUCAGUAAACUUCCUCCUGGGAACAAAACAGCCUUCCAGGUUGGCCAUUUGGGACCGGGUUUGAAAGAAUUAACUGAUGUUCAAGGGGAGAAUGACUCUGUCAGCCCCCUCCUUUUGCACUUGGAAGAGGAUGACUUUUCUGAGAAUGAAAAACAACUCGUAGAAACAGCAUCUGAGCCAGAUGUUCUUAAGAUUGUCAUUGACUCUGAGGUAAAGGAGUCUUUCCUUUCUCACAGGAAAUCUAGUGAUGGAAGAAAAAGUACUUCUGGCACCCCUGCAGAGCCUGAAAUUGUGACCUCACCUCCAAUCCUACACAUGAAGACUGGUCUGGAGAAUAGCAACACAGAGACUGUGUGGAGGCCCAUGCCAAAGUUGGCACCUUUAGGUUUAAAAGUAGCCAAUCCUCCCAGUGAUACAGAUGGUCAGAGUUUCAAAGUGAUGCCAUGUUUGGCACCCAUAUCUGCCAAAGUUGGUUCAGUUGGACACAAAAUAAAAUUACCAGGGAGUGACCAAGAAGGCCGGGAGAGCAAGGUGAUGCCUACAUUGGCACCUGUUGUGGCGAAAUUGGGCAACUCUGGGAUCUCACCAAGUUCUACAGGGAAAUAAACUUUUUUUUUAAUCCUCAAGCAAGAUCCAGGCUGUAAUGGGAAAUGGAAUCCCAUGUCCUUUAUCUGGACAUCUUUUUGUGUCAUGAUACUAUGGUCUUUGACUUCAGUGAUGGAUAUUGAUGGAGAAAGGGAUAGGGUGCUGAUCCUGGUAUAAGAAAUACUAUGAAAAUCUGAUCAUGUUAAAAUUUGUUACCUCGCUUGUGGUGCUGGGUCCUUUCAUCCUCUUUAGGAAGAUGUGAUCCAUUACUAAACAUGAGGUUCCUCAAUAACCCAAGGAAUCCAUAACAAGACUCUGGCUCCACAAUGGUACUCUCAAGAGAAAAAGCUGGUUGAGACUGGAAUUGCUAUCGACUAAACUGUUACAGUUGUUGGGUUUAGCUUAAGGAAUGUGUUGGAAUGCUGUGAAGGAAUCCUGAAAAAAGUAGUUUCUAGAUGGUAUUUCAAUAACGGGGCGAGAGAGUGCUCUCAUGUGCAUGGUGGCACAUACCUGUAAUUCCACCACUUAUGAGGCUGAGACAGGAGGAUCAUGAGUUCAAGGCCAGCCUGGGCUACAAAUUAAGGCCCUGUGUCAAAAACAAAAAUAGGCAAAAACAGCAAAAAGGAAGAGGAUGGAAUAGUAAAGGAAAGGAUUUUAUGUCAUUCAGCAGAAUUCUCUUUCAAACCCAACUAGCCUCUGUUAUCUUUCCAGUUAGAAUUAUAAAUUUAAGCCUUCGGGUAAAAUAGGGAUACUUUUAGCUUUUAUUACUAAGCUAAUUAUUUUGAGAUGUUUAAAAAAAUGUACUCCCUUACUGUCUUUUUGAAUGUUGAAAAGAUUAAUUCAUAGUGCUUAGGGGUUUCUACCCAGAAUAUGUAAUUUUGAAAAUAGCUUAGAGAGGUCCCUUCCUCCUUCACAGACCAUAUCACUAAGAGACAGCUAAAAUGAAAAACGUUCUCCCUCCAAACUAGAGAUUAUGGCCAAAAUAAAUAGUGGGGCUGGAUAUUUCCCAAUCCAAACAGCUCCCGGUGCUCGAAGGUUUCGUUCACUGCUUACCUGCACAGGAUGUAAAGAAAAAUCACAGUAGGCAUUCUUUACCAGGGAAGUAAGGCAGUAUUUGAAUCACAAGAUAUAUUUUUUAUCUGCUAUCAUGGAUUCAGUGAUCUGUAGAGCUUUUUCACUCAGUAGCUGUCAGGUAUGAAGGGCUGGCAGCUGUGUAAAGAUGAGAUAUUUAUAUUUUUGUAUAGUUGUUUUCAUAGAUUUCUCAAAGGCUGAAGUUUUCAACCUAGAAGAUGAGAUUUGUAUUGGGAAUAGAAAUGUUUCCUAUCUAGUUUGUAAAUAAUCAUGGUGCACUUGAGGGGUCUCAGAAACUCCUGGGGGCAAGAAUCACUAUUCUGAAAAUGUAUAGACUGGGAUUUAGCUGCUGCAUUUUGCCUUUCUUAAAUAAUUAUAUUUUGGAAUGUAACCCUUGUUCUGUCUUUAUUGACAGGAUUUGCUUGUGUUGUAAGACACUUACCACAAGAGCUUCCAGUGCCUGGGCCGUGCCUGGGCAAUUAUAUUUCUUCUUCAUCCCCUGCCUUUGUUAUCCUAUGUCCCAGGUUGUGAGACCAACUUUGGAAUGGAUUUAGCCAGUGAAUUAUCUUCCAUGAUUAAUCCCCUUCUUUUAACUCCUAUAAUCAACAGAUUGCAAAGGUUGGGGAAACUUCUGCAAAGAGCAGUGGGACUAUUUUAUGCUGCUUGCCUUUCUAGACCUGCUCAGUAGCACUUAGCCUUUCCUCUUGCUGAAGACGUUUGAUAGAGCAAGGAGAAUGUUCUUCAGCUUCCCAUUAUCCUUUUACCCUUUACCCCACAGAUUUCAUUCAAUGCCUUAGCCCAUGGAGUCCAGCCCCUAUCUCCUUUGUUAAUAGUUGUCCUUGGGGUAUAGCAGAUUCUCAUUGCUUGUCACUUCCCCACCUUCUCCUGACUUCCCAAGGCUCUUGUGGCUUAGGAGGAUCAGACAGGGAGCAGGCAAGGGAGUGAAGAAAAAUCCUCAGGAAAAGAAGGACCAUUUUAGCUUCUGAAUACUUUCGCUUUUUUAAAAUAAGAGGAUAAGCAAAACAGGUCAAAGUCACUUCUUGAUUGGUGAGUAUCUGGCUGUGUUUAGAAAGAGAUUUACAAAGAUAGAAAUGAGGGAUGAUUCUAGGUGUUCAGGGAAGGCUGCAGACAUUACAAAGCCCUGGGAUAUGAGUGUUCUCUCAUGAUAGGAGGGCUUAGGCCAGAACAGUCCUGCAGUCUUGACAAACCUAAAGUGUCCCCCAAACUCCUACCCUUUAAGCAUGGGAAAAACUGAUCUAUGAAAAUUCCAUGUAUCAUUAUGACAGAUGAAGUUGAAUGAGAAGAUUUGAGGAACCUGGAAGACAGCUCUCAUCCUAUUAUAAGAAGCAUGAUCUCAAUAGACCAAUAAUCCGCCUUUUUAUACAUCUGUAAAUAAAUGGAAUGUUUUUAAGGAUAUAAUUAUGUCAGAUUUAGCAUUUUCUUUUAUAUAUUAAAUAUAUAUCUUUCA